UACGUCAGGUUAGGCACAGUGUGUGUAUUACACGUUGUUAUCUGGUUUUGAACCAUUUUCGCCGUUUUCUUCGAAACAACAUGCCUACCAUAAGUAUCAAUAGAGACUUGCUAUUUAAUGCCCUUGGAAAGUCUUAUUCGGAAGAAGAAUUUGACGAACUCUGCUUCAAAUUUGGAAUAGAACUUGAUGAAGUUACCAGUGACAAACUGAUCAUUUUGAAAGAACAAGGAACUGAACGAUCAGUAGGUGCUUCAGAAGAAAUCAUUUACAAGAUUGAUAUUCCUGCCAACCGAUAUGACCUGCUGUGUUUGGAAGGGCUUGUUCAAGGUCUUCAAGUUUUUUUGGGAGAAACUAGGUUCCCACCAUUCAAACUUCUUCCAUCACAGACAGUGCCUCAAAAGUUAAUUGUCAAAUCUUCAACAUCCUCAAUUAGACCAUAUGCGGUUGCAGCAGUUCUGAGAAACAUGCAUUUUGACCAAAAUACUUUUAACAGCUUUAUCGACCUUCAAGAUAAACUACAUCAAAACUUGUGCAGAAAGCGUAGUCUGGUGGCCAUAGGAACUCAUGACUUGGAUACAAUUCAAGGGCCGUUCUACUAUGAGGCGCUUUCACCUGACUCAAUCAAGUUCCAACCGUUAAACCAAACGAAAGAAUUUACUGCAUCUCAGUUAAUGGAUUUAUACGCGACUGAUAGUCAUCUUCGCCAUUAUCUGCCAAUUAUUAAAGAAAGUCCCGUUUAUCCAGUCAUUAAGGAUAGCAAUGGGGUAGUUCUUUCUAUGCCACCUAUUAUUAACGGUGAACAUUCGAAAAUAACCUUAAACACUAAAAAUGUUUUUAUUGAAUGCACCGCCACCGACGUAACCAAGGCGAGCAUAGUUUUGGACACAUUGGUAUGCAUGUUUUCUAGGUACUGCCAAAAUCAGUUCACAGUGGAAAUGUGCGAGAUUGAGACUCCUAAGGGAGGAAUCAAAAACUAUCCGAUUUUGAAAACACGACAAGAAAAGAUCGACGUUAACAAGAUAAAUAGAAUGGUGGGCAUAAAUGAGCAAGCAGAUAAGGUCGCAGAUCUACUUACCCGUAUGUGUUUAACUGCGACGGUUGCAGAAAAUGGUUGCCUUUCAGUAACGAUUCCUCCAACUCGUCAUGACAUAAUUCAUGCUUGUGACGUUUAUGAAGAUGUAGCCAUUGCUUUCGGAUACAACAACAUUGCAAAAACUUUGCCAUCUACCAACACCAUCGCAUCACAGUUUCCCCUUAAUAAACUAUCGGACCAACUAAGAGAACAGCUUGCCCAAGCUGGUUUUACCGAGGCCCUCACUUUCUCGCUAUGCUCAAAGGAAGAUAUCAGUGACAAACUGAGAAAACCUCUGAGCUCUAUUCCGGCAGUUCAUGUGUCCAAUCCGAAAACUUUGGAAUUCCAAGUUGCUCGCUCCACUUUACUGCCUGGUUUGCUCAAAACUAUAGCAGCAAAUAGAAAAUUGCCUCUGCCGUUAAAGUUUUUUGAAGUAUCUGAUGUCGUUUUAAAAGAUAACGAGCGCGAUGUCGGAGCGCGUAAUUGUCGAAAGCUGUGCAUCGUCUAUUACAACAAGUCACCAGGUUUUGAAUUGGUCCACGGUCUUCUAGAUCGCUUAAUGCAGUUGCUGGAAAUUCCAUUGGAUCCCACUGGGACAACAGGAUACUCGCUGAAAUCGUGCGAUGACGCGACAUUCUUUCCCGGCCGAUGUGCGCACGUGGUUUUUGCAGGUGUAACAGUUGGAGUACUAGGAGUUUUACAUCCUGAAGUUGUAACAUCCUUCGAUUUAAACCUUCCAUGUUCCGCCUUGGAAUUAAACAUUGAACCGUUUUUGUGAACAUUUGCGAAACAGAUGGGUGACACAAAGCAAAGUUAUUGUAA